AUGUCGGAGAGUCACUGGGUAGACUGGAAUAAGAACACACAGUCCAAGGACUAUCGUGGCUCUGGCUCCUUCUCAACCUUUAUCAUUAUCGGCCCUGUCUGUUUCUUCCUGGGCAUUCUCUUUGCCCAAUUUCCCUAUGACUUCCCUCUGCUCUGGACCUCUGAGCCGGCGCAGGCCGCGUACUACGACUUUCUCGAGGCGCACGUAAAGUUCCUGCACGCCUCGCCGCCCACCAUCUCGCGCAUCCUCAACAUCCUCUUCCGCCCGGCCGAGUCCAACGUGCUGUUCGACGGCGCGUCGCUCAUCCUGUACGUCAUUGGCGUCGGCGUCUACACGAGCAACAUCGUCAAGGGAAUGCGCACCAUCACCGCUGGCAUCUGGGACAUGGAAAACUUCGCGGGCAUCAAGCACGACGGCCCCGUCACUGGCGAGGUCGUUCUCGGCAGGGAGGAUACCAUGAAGGUGCUCAGCGCUAGCAACACCAUUCUGGCCAUGGUCCUGGUUGGAGUCCUUGUCCUGCAAGCUGGCCAAUGGUACGCCGAGUCUAAGGAGAAGGACGACUUUUCCAAGGGAGACAAGAAGGAAAAGAAGACUGGUGGCCAGCAGCAGCAACAGCAGCAACAACAGCAACAAGGUCAGGAGGCGGAAGAUAAGAAGUCGCAGUAG